AUGCGCAGAGCGCUCGGCGCCAUGGCGGUGUCCGGUGAGGGCUCUGAGCGCGGGUUAAGGCGGAGGCGCUCGGUGAAACAGGCGGAGGACAGAAGCGCUGAAGAUGCGGACCAGGAUCAGCAGGACGUCGCCGCUCCGGAACCCCAAACGGAAGAAGCGGUUCAGUUACAGACCGGAACUUACUGGCUCACCAGAAUAGUGCUGCUCAGGUCCAUCUGCUUCAUCUACUUUGUCGCGUUUGCGGUGGCAUAUAAUCAGAACAGAGCUCUGAUUGGACAGCGAGGCCUGACGCCCUGCAGAGAGUACCUGCGCAGCGUUAAGCAAUACGUGGGGGGGAAGAUCGGCGGGGCGGCACUGGCCUACACUCCCUCUGUGCUCUGGUCCAUGCAGUGGGAAGACAUGGACGCUAAUCUGGACAACAUUGCUCUGGCAGGACUGGCGCUUUCUGGCUUCGUCCUCCUCUCAGGAAGAUCCAACAUGGUCAUCAUGGCAGCGCUGUGGACCCUCUAUCACUCUAUAGUGAGUGUUGGACAGCUUUGGUAUUCCUUCGGGUGGGAGAGUCAGUUGUUGGAAACCGGAUUUCUGGGAAUCUUUCUGUGUCCGUUAUGGAAUCUGGAGCAGAUCCCCCGACGAACCCCACCCUCCCUCAUCUCCAUCUGGACCUUCCGCUGGCUCAUAGUGCGGAUAAUGCUGGGAGCUGGGCUAAUUAAGAUCAGAGGGGAUCGCUGCUGGAGAGAUCUGACCUGCAUGGACUACCACUAUGAGACGCAGCCGGUUCCUAACCCCAUUUCGUACUACCUCCACCACUCCCCCCGGUGGUUCCAUUGCUUUGAGACUCUCAGUAAUCACUUCAUUGAGCUCAUCGUGCCCUUCUUCACCUUCAUGGGUCGCCGGAUGUGCAUGAUUAACGGAGCGCUGCAGAUCCUCUUUCAGGUGGUUCUGAUAAUCAGUGGGAAUCUGAGUUUCCUGAACUGGUUAACUAUAGUUCCCAGUUUAGCCUGUUUUGAUGAUUCUGCGCUGGAGUUUCUGUUCUGGUCCUCUGGGACGGCAAGGAGAACUGUACUGAAGAUCCAGAACGAGGACGCAGCAGGACAGAACCCUCCUGCCACUGCAAGAAUGUUAAUACGGCGAGUCGUGAACGUCUCGUUGGGAAUAUUGAUAGCGUAUCUGAGUGUUCCUGUGCUGAUCAACCUCUUGAGUUCCCGACAGGUGAUGAACACCUCAUUCGACCCUCUCCGCAUUGUCAACACCUAUGGAGCUUUCGGCAGUAUCACUAAGGAGAGGACGGAGGUGGUGUUCCAGGGGACUCUGAGUGCUGACCCCAGUGGUGAGGAGGUGGUGUGGGAGGAGUAUGAGUUCCUGUGUAAACCUGGGUCAGUGAGCAGGAGACCUUGCCUCAUCUCUCCGUACCACUACAGACUGGACUGGCUCAUGUGGUUUGCCGCCUUCCAGACAUAUGAACAGAAUGAAUGGAUUAUUCAGAUUGCAGGCAGACUGUUGGCGAAUGACUCCACAGUUCUGUCUCUGAUGGGACACAAUCCGUUUGAGGACCGAGAGAAACCGCGGUGGAUCCGAGGAGAACACUUCAGAUAUAAGUUCACUAAGCCAGGCAGCACCAGCGCUGUGAAUGGAAACUGGUGGGUCAGGAAACGAAUUGGACCAUACUUCCCCGCCGUCAACUUGGAGGGCCUCAGGAGGUACUUCCAGUCCAGGAACUGGCCUCAGCCGGACAACUACUGACUCAGCGACCCAGAUUAUUGACCCGACUCAUUGACCUGGUUCACUGACCUGAAUCACUGAUCCAAACUCUCUGACCCAACUCAGUAAGUCGACUUACAGACCUGAAUCUCUGAUACGAUUCACAGACCCGAUCCUUUGACCUGAAUCACUGAUCUGACUCACUGACCCAGCUCACUUAACUGCUGAGCCAGAAUCGCUGAUCUUACUCACUGAUUUAGACUUACUGACACAGCUCACUUAAUCGCUGACCAGACUCAGACUCGAAUCAGUGACCAGGCUCACUAUCCCAACUCAUAGACCGAGCACACUAACUCGACUCACUGAUUCAACUCACAGACUCAGCUAACUGAUCCGACUUACGGACUCGAAAUUAUCCUGCCUUAAACCUACCUGAAGGCUGUGACUGAGUGCUGCGUACACUUUCGGCUCCGCAGAGUUUUAAAAAGCAGAUCACGACUUCAGAAGAGUUUUGUGGCCUUCAAGAAAAACACCUGAGCUCAAUUUAUCAGGACUUUACAGGAACUUAUAAAAGUCUGCAGCACUUUGUUGCGCAAAGCAAUCAGGUUUAUAUACGUGAUAAAAUGUACAGUAGAAAUAAAUGACACUGUGUUUAAUGUGCUGGCAUUCACUGUCAUUACUGACCAUCAAACAUAUUAGAGAUGUUAAUCGUCGAUGACUGCAGGUGUGGCUUAACUGGACUCGGCAGAAGUCGGAGUCUCUAACGACAGCUUUACAAAUACAGUAAUCACUAUAUUUAUAGUAUUUUUAUGUGGCUCCUCUGGACCAUUUUUCUCUUUCAAAAAAGCUAAAAAAGUAAUGCACAUCAUGUGUCUUUAAAAUGUCAUUUUAUAUUGUGAUAUAUUUAAGACAGAUCAACCACCUCUUGAUCACACUGUCAUAGCUGCAGCUUGUGUUCCAUUGAAAUCUGUGUGUGUUUUCACUUAUUUAUGGUCAGAAAUGCUUCACAUAUACCUUUCUCAUGAUCUGUGCCAUUCUUGUCAAAGUAACAGAGCUUCCAGCAAUUUCAUCACUUAUCAUGUCCAGUUGACGAAGGCGAAGUCCUUGUGAAAACCUAAUGACAAAAUAUUAACAGAGAACUGUUCUACACCAUCAGGACCUUGGCCUCUAAGACAUGGUGUUCUGACAUCCCUUGUCACCACCAAAAGCAGUAUAUGUUGUGUUUUAGAUGCUGGUCAACCAGCAUGACUAUGCUCAGUAAUCAGAUAAUCCAGCACUAGAUCAGCGUACACUAACUUACAGAAUUCAUGCUGGUCUAAGCUGUUUUCAGCAGAGAUCUCUUAAGGGGAAGGAGAUGAGUCAAUGACAAAUAUGUACACUGCUAUUUCCAAUUAGUCAGCAAAUGACAGUUAAGUAAAAAAAAAAAAGUCAAAAGUCACUUGGUAACUAAAAUAUGAAAUGUAAGUGAACAGGACAAAGUGAGAAUAAAAUUAUGAAAUCAAA